AUACAAAUGUUAACAACAAUAUUGCCAACUUUACAAUUAAGAACAAUGAUGAUGAACGACCUCCAGUUACUAACUGUAGCAUUACUUUUGAUGAUGUCUUGAAAUCAUGUCUAAUGAAUAAUAUCGUUAUCUUUAGCAAAACAUCAGGAGCUAAGCACUCUUACAAUAUCACUGUUACCAAUGCUGCUGGAACUGUUAGUAUAAAUGGAGAGCUAAGUAAUGAAGUGUAUAAUACAACAAUGAAACUCAGUGCCUCUAUAGAUCCCCUUGCAGUUGCUGCUUCACCCACUGUUCUUGGAGUAUUAAUAAUAUUGUCUAUUUGUUGGAUAUUGCUGAGGAUAUGUUGGAAGAGACAAUGUUGCUGUCCCAGGAUUUGGAGGAGUAGCUUUUGGUUGCUUUUCUUCUGCUAUGAUUGUUGUACUUAUGAUGCUGGAGUAAAAGGAAAGGCCACUGCUAUAAAUGCAGGUUUAAAUAAUCCAACUGUUGGAGGGGAGAAGGGAGCUGAUACAACUCUUUAACUUUGUGUAACUUUUAAGUCAAAAACUUAGCUGAUACCACUUCUGUAGUUAUCUAAAUUCACAAUGUUAUUUUACAAAAAAUGUA